UUUUAUUUUAAACAAAAUUGAACUUUUAAAUCAUUGAAUGAACCCAAAUUUAAAAGGUUUGUUUAACCUUCAUGAGAGAAUUAACAACAAUAGAAAAAUUCAAAGGGGAAUAGGAGCCGAAGUGAUUAUGAUUAAUACUAGCCACUUUUUAAUAAGUUGAUCAUGUGCUUUUAUUAUAUAAUUAUCAAAAAAACGUUUCAAUUUCGAUGAUCGUUUUUUUUUUUUUUUUUUUUUUAUCAAUCUCAACUCAUAAUAAAUCGAUAUCACAUCUUUUUUAACCGUAAAAACUUUUUCUCCGAACUGUACUCCAUACUCAAAAAAUUCUUUUUUGUCAAUAAUGUUAAUUAAUAAGAAAUAUGGUUUUAAAUAUCAAUAUUUUACAAAUUUACUUUCAUUUGAUGGUAUUUUAGAUAUUAAAAGAAAGAAUUCUAUAAUAUCAUUAGAUAGAUUAAAAAAACAUCAAAUUGAUACGAAAUAUUUAAUUAAAAAAUUAACCAAAACAUCUUAUAAUAAUAAUGAGGAUCAAUAUAAUGAAAUUAAUUAUGAUGAUAUUAAAGGUAUCUUAAUGGAUUUUCAUAUAUUACUUGGAGUUGAAAAAAUGGAUAUUACAUUAAAAAAAAUUUUAGUUGUAAAUUAUAUCGAAGGGGAUGAUGAAUUUAUAUUAGGUAACGAUUUUAUUAGAGACUUUGAUGUGGAAAUUGAAGAUGUAUAUGAUAAACAAUUAUUACGUCAAUUAAAAUUUACCGUACAAUUGAACGAAAUUGAUGAUUAUAUCCAUAAUGAUUUUGAUAAUAUAAAUGAUGAAGCAACAUCAAGUAUAUCUGCUGGUAGUAAUGCUGUAAGAAAAAGAAGAAUGAAAGAAAAAAAUGUUGACGAUCUUACACAUCAUGAUGAUGCUUACGCUUCUUCUGCUGAUAAUGUUGCUGAACAGAAUAAUAACAUAAAUUCUCGUACUUCACGUACCUCAACGUUGAAAAAUUUUGUGGAAACAGUAAGAAAUACAUUCACAAAACAUUAUUAUUGCAUGAUCGUGGCCUUUAUUAUUUUUUUAGGUACUAUUAGUAGUAUACCUGAUGAACGUUGUAAAUAUAGUAUUGAUAGAACAAAUUGGAUAACUAAUGAAGAUUGUGAAGUUAAGGUAAAUAUUUAAAUAUUGUAUUUCUAUUGAUUUAUCAUUAUUAAUUAUUAUACACAUUCCCUAUAGUGUCUAUCAAAAGCGUAUCAUCUGAUUUUC